CGUGCGGUUCGGUUCUCAGCCUCUGAAUUCAGCAACUCCAAUCACAGUCGAAAGUCACUGGUUACUGGUCACUGGUCACAGUUUAAAAUCACACAGCUACUGGCUUUGGUAUCCGGUUUUCGAAAUAUUUUCGAAAGUGCUGAACAUAUAUUUUUUUUUGGUUUUUGUGCUAAGCUAAGAGAAAUCGAAUCUUGAUUAAAUAGAGCUUUGGCAGGUGAGCCAAAAGCGUUUCGAAUACCGUUUUUCAAUUCAAUCUAACGACCCGAGCCGAAGUGAAAGUGAGUGUGGCAAAUAUUUGAAUCCCAUUUGCGUUCCGAAUCGGAGAAGGAUUUAGCGGAGAAAGCUUAAGAGACAGAGAAAACACCGCAGUCAAAGAACAAUGCGUCGCUCCUCGUUCACGCCCGUCUUCAACCUGAGCACCCAGGAGCCGCUGAUCGUGGUGGAGGAGUCGCACACCGCCGAGGAUGGCGACGACCUUGAGGGGGCGGCCGGCGGCUGCGAUCCGACCGCCGUCGGCACGCGGCGCUCGAACAGCGACGACUCCGAGCCGGACUCGCCGGUGAAUCCCUACCUGCUCUGCCCCUUCCCCGACAUGCAGCAGAGGCGCAAGCACUCGCUGCCCUCGCUCCAAAUCACCGAGGGCAUCACCGCCAGCCAGGUGCGCCGAUUGUCGGAGGUGGGCGGCGAGACCGGCGGGCUGAGUCCCAAGGAGGUCGAGUUCCUCGCCACGCUCUCCCAGAAGGCCAAUCCCUCGGCCGGCGGACGCAGGCACUCGGUGGUGACCAUCUCGGCGGUGCCGCCAACGCUAUUCGGACGCAAUCGCCGCGAGUCCAUUUCCGGCGUAUCCUUCAGUGGCAGUCGCCGGGGCAGCGUCAUCGCUGGACCGCCUUUGACCGACCAUCGCGGCAGCGUGCACAACUUGCAGCUGGACAUCAUGGACGGCAUCGUGCAGCAGCGGAAGACGCGAAGCGGCAGCGGCGUUUGGACAGCGCCCGUUCUGCAGGAGGCCGACAGCAAUGUGCCCGUGCAGACAUAAGCGGCUCGAGGAUACGCAGGACAUCUGGGGGGAUGGAUGGAGGGAUGGAUGGAUGGAUGGAUGGAUGGACAGAUGGAUUGGAUGGACACUGAGCAAUUCAAACAAACGCCUGGAUGCUCCGCCACUCGAACUGCAACUGGACCUUUAUUAACAUUCCGUGUUUUUACCCAACCAACCCACACAACGCUCUGCCCCCUCCGAUUUUCCGCCGGGAAAUUGCUUUUCGCGGCUGCCGCAUAAAGCAAACAAACAAACCACAAAACCGCACGAAAAAAAUCGCACGGAAAAUGGCAAAGAAUGGUGGGCGGGGGAACAGAAAAAAAAACAAAAAAUACAGAAACCAAAAAUAUAAAAAAAGAAAAUAUUAAACUUCGAAAAUGAAAAACUGCAGUUAAACAAAGAGCGAGAUGGCGAGCGGUUUUAAGAUGAAAAGAAUUGGUCGAAAAAAAAAGAAAAACAAAAAGGAAAAGCGGGAAAAUACAAACGUAACGAAAAGCAGUCGGUGAAAAGCAACAGAGAAAAACGCAUCGCGACCAUUUUGAUUGCCAGCAAUUUCGGUUAACACCUGUGCCAUGUGCCACGCCCACAAAUGUCGCCCGCCCUCGCCGCCCAUCGCCCACAUUUA